CUGAGCUUUUAAAACUGAAGGUAACAACUGUCUUCCAAUCCCAAGAACUAUGUCUGUCCGUUUGAGCUUCAACUUUCCUCUCUAAAUUUCAGCCCUCCAAAGAAACUCACCCAAAUAUAUAGGCUCCAAUUUUUUCUCAGCCCUUCAAAUCUACCCAUAAUUUCUUUCUCUCUCUUUCUCUUUUAUCUAAACGGAUCUGAUCCACUCGUCACGCUACUUACUUCCACACAAUCGGAAUCCCAGGAUCCGAUCCAUUUUGCUGCUCCAGUCGGGGCAUUCUGUUUCUACCCUCCUUGCCUGGCCCCCCUCAUGGACGCUGUCCACACCGUUCCUCGCUUCAUUGCCGGAGCCAUUUCUGGAGCUCUCACCGGCCUUUUUGCUUUUGCAGGAGCUUUUACCGGAGCUGUUAUGGGUGCUCUAGCAGGUAGGGCUUCUGAUACUGGCAUCCUUCGUGGGGCUGGAUUAGGUGCUAUAGCUGGGGCUGUACUCUAUGCUGAGGUUUUGGAGGCGUCUCAUGCUUACUGGUCCUUGGAACGAUCUGGCUUAAGGGGUUCAUCAUCUAUGGCAGACUUCAUGGAGGAGCUUCUCUAUGGAAGAUUGGUACAAGAAGGGUUAACGCCAGCAAUGUCAACUGCCUAUCAUUGGCAGGUAAGCAUUGCUAAUAUAAACUAUGAUGAGAUCAAUGAUAUCAAUGGUGGAGUAUCAAGGGGGUUGUCAGGAGAUUCACUAAAAAAACUACCAUGUCAUGUGAUAUCAGACGAUAUGAUGGCAACUCAGAGCAUCAAUUGCACAAUAUGUUUGCAGGAUCUUAAACUAGGGGAACUUGCAAGGAGCUUGCCAAACUGCCAGCACACGUUUCACCUAACAUGUGUGGAUAACUGGCUUAUGAGGCAGGGUUCGUGCCCUGUAUGCAGACGGGACGUGUAGAGCUACUAGGCUCAAGUGAUGGUAUGUAUAAAGGGCAGUGGAGAUUACAUUGUUAGUCCACUUACCAUAUUGUGUUGUAAGAUUUAAGGAUUAUAAAUCUAAUUCUUACUUGUGUCCUUUUUGAAGUCAAUUACUGGAUGUAUCCACAGGGCAAGAAGCUUUGUGUCAUACCUUAUGAAUCCAACUGUCUAAAUAUAUAUACUCUGGUUUAUCUUGUUGGUGGAUAUUUUCUGCCAAUGGAAAUUU